AUGUCUAAGAAGAAAGAAAAAGAGAAAGACGACAAAAAAUCGGAGAUUGGCCAAAAAAGGAAGCGAACGGGAAAAUCAGGAAAUGAAAGUAAAGCGAAGAUGUCAAAAAAGGAUGAUGGGGAGUCAGAGAGAGGUGAAGUUAAGGAGACUUAUUCGCUGCAGCUAAGGAAGAUAAACACUCAUCUUACUUGCGGUCUGUGCAAAGGAUAUUUAAUAGAUGCAACGACGGUUAUCGACUGCUUGCAUACGUUCUGCAAAAGUUGUCUUCUCACCUAUUUUGAAGAAGAGGACAACUGCUGCCCAACGUGCGAACAGCUGAUUCACCAAAGUCAUCCAAGCCACUAUGUGGCAUUCGAUCGUACAAUGCAGGACAUUGUGUACAAAUUAGUCCCUGGAUUACUGGAAGCAGAGCGGAAGAGGCGCCUUGAAUUUCUGAAAAACAAGAAACGAGAAGCAGGGGAAACUGUUGAAGAAGAUGAAGAGGACACCGAAAAGAAGGAUGAAUCUCCUCAGGGAACAAAUCGAUGUUUUGAAGGGGAGCCUGGGAUUUCGCACCACCGAAAUGAUGAACACGUUAUUGUUUCAUUGAUUCCGGGUGCUCCAGAGCUUCCGACGCCUGUACGUCCCAUAGUCCGGUUGAGUGGCAUGGCUACAGUAAACACACUGAAAAGAUAUCUAGCUCAAAGCAUGUGGUCGAAUAUGUCGCGAUAUAGUGAAUUGGAUUUAUUCUGUAACGAUGAACUUAUGGGUCGUGACUUCUCGAUGCGCUUUAUCCAUCUCACGCGAUGCCGUAACAAGCUCAAAGAUGAACCCUUGAAGCUUGUAUAUCGAUAUCAUAUUGAUUUUUGA